AUGACGCCAACGACAUUGCUGAUCCUAGCAGUAUGCUGGACGCGUGUCAUAUAUGAGCUUCGUAAAGGGAAUUGCUUACCAUACAGUCUCUGUGGCUCAGUGGUAAAGCAUCGAAGCGCGGAAUCCGAAGGUUUGAGGUUUGACUCCUCAUGGGGAAUGUUUUCUUUGUCCUACGCUCGAGACGAGAAGAAAAACACCUUUCUCUUUUUCUUUACCGAUCUUAAAAAUAACCAUCCUUUUACUCUAUUUACAAGGUUUUUUUGCAGUACAAAGUAACCAACUGUCGAAAUAACCGUACAAUAUCGAGGGUAAUUUGUACUCGUUGCGCGCGUUAUUUCUUUUUGAUAUUCUAUGUAGUGCUGUGGGAUAAAAAAGUACCUUUACUUCGUUUGUCUGGUGUGCAGGAAAAUAAGGCUUUAACGCUGAUAAACCACCCUAAUUCACGUCUGGCAUAUUGUCAAUGUGUCCCUUUCGUCUUUUCUCUCUAGAUCGAGAGGUCGUACUUCGUCAAAUGUUCUCAAGUAGGAUCGCGGACUGUAACAGCAAAGGUAUAAUACUUAAGUAAGCUAUAAUUGUACCUUUAAUCACAAUUCUUUGGGCGUCUAUUUAGAGACCUCAAGUCAAAUUGUCGUGCAAUAGGUAGCCUGCAGAAGAGGCGUUUUUAAGGCGAACGAGGAUUAGAGAAAGGGGAGGAGUGCCUUAUUUUUCCCCGCCUUUCCCUCCUACGUCACUUCCGCUUGCCUCCGUUCGCCAUAUUGUGCAUGUUCUGUUGGCUAUGAGUUCCGUUCAGUACGUAGUUAAUAGAUCUCUAUACAAUAACUUUAGAUGCGUAAUAUUUUUGUAUGUUCUUACUCUCUUAGGAUCGAGUUUCAAGUUAAGAUAUCUUGCAUUCUUUGAAAAGAUUCCUAUCAAUGCUUAAUCCUAGUCAUUUGCUUAUUUUUUUAUUUAUUUUUUUUUAUGCAGAUUAUCUAUACUGUAGAUGUCCAAGUUGAACCAAAUUCUUCGCCAGUCACCUGUACCUGUGCCAAGGUGAGAUCACUCUUUUGUGUCUUAAAAGUAAAAGUAAAACUACCUCUCAGUAUUUCCACAUUUAAUUUUAAUUCUCGUUCGCUUUGUAAUGUAGUUGCACUUGUGAAUGUGAGUUGCACUUGUAACAUGGAGCGCUUUUCGGUUGACUGUCAUAAAACCAAAACCAAAGCAAUCACAACGGCCAAUCAGAAGAAAGGGAAAUAACUGAAAGAGCCAAUGAGAACUCAAAAGAAAAACAACAAUACCCAAAGGGCGGGAAAACAUGGCUUUAGUAUUGCAUCUGAUUGGUUUAGAAAGUGGCGCGAGUUUUCUGGACCAAUGAUAGAACGCAAGCAAUCUCAGAUUUCUUUCGACACGCAAUUAACAACUCCUCUACCUGGUGAAUACAAAAUAACGACGACUUUUUGCUUUCUUCUUUCUCUACUGUCCUGAUUUAUACCCGCCUUAGGAGGAAAGUGUUGUUAUCAAGACUGUUAUGCCAUUUGAAAUCUCUUUGUCUCUGACAAAUCUCAAGGUAAGGGAAAAUAGGCAAUAUUUUUUACGAUGUAAUUUUACGUCUCUUGGAAUCGAUCAAACUUGCGUUUUUGGCUAUGUUAGCAAACUUGCUCUCGCUCUUGUCUCAUUUUUUUUAUUUCAUUGAAAUUUAUGGCAUAAAUUAAUGCAUCUAUAAAUCCGUCAAAAAUUUUUGAUCGCUGCAUAACUCUACGAAUAUAAACCUGGUCUGGUGCAUCAAGAAACACUUUCUGACUAACACGCAUCUGAAUGAGGGUGCUGUGGUUUGAAUUGAUGAUUAGCGCUAAGUUGUCUUUUACCACGCGAUGAAAAUUCAAUUGUAAGGUUCCUAUACAAAGUAACGCAGUGUCUAGGCUAGUAAAUGGGGACCUCAGGCAGUCAGGAAGGCAACGCCGCAGUAAACGAUGGUUUAAAAAUGAAUUUAUAAUUUCGCGAAUGGCUAAAUGCGUUUACUGCUUCUUGUAGCGCCACACGUCAACCGCAGCUUAACGUAUGGCAGCAGCGUUGAGUUCCAAACGGGCGCUUAGAUAGUUUGCCAUCGGGUUUUCCGCUCACAGACCACACAAAUUUUGUUGAUUUCAAGUUGUUGUUUUGCAAAAAACGGAUAAGAAAUGUACAAAGUUGCCGAUCAAUUGUUCUGAAAAUUAGAUAUUUUGUUUUGUUAUGCCCUCGUUGUCGUCGUCGUGGUUUGCUUUUGUUUUGUUUUGUUUGUUUGUUUUUUAUGAGGGGGGUGGGGGGUGUAAGCCAAAGCAAUGUAAUGAGUUCAAAUCAUUGAUUUGCGUUCAUUCUCAGUUGGAGAGACUGGAUCAGCUGUUCGAAGAAGAACCAUUCAUCUUAUUAGCUGGCAUCAAAUGCACCUCACCUUGGCCUGUUACCAUGGUCACCACUACAUUGAAUAUGGUGAGUUUACAAACAAGUUAUGUUCGUAAAAACUUGAUUUGUCUUCCUUUAGAAAAUAUAGUCGUGAAGAUAAGUUAAUGGAGCAGGAGAGCAAGUGCUGCAAGAUAUUGGGUGGGGUGGGGUGGGUCGGAGCGAAAUCUCCGUUUUAGUGGAAAAGUUAAUCUCUGGGUUCACUUAGUAUCCCCUCCCCCGAGUCAAGCUGGGAAUGUAUAUAUACUACAGCUUUCGUGCGUGUGCCGGAACCGCGCGAAAAUAAUAUGUCAUGAAUUAUUUUUCAACCUUUGGAUAAGAUGACAUGUCUCGAAUUGAUCUUCUCAAACUUACUGCUAUUUAACUCCUUGAAGAAAAAGUAGCCUGAAAAAUUCAGGUUUUAUCGAGCAUUGACAAGGAACCUAUAUCUUCUUGAGAAUAGUCGGUUCCUACUUUCAACUGUGCUUCAAAUUAGAAGCAGAAAUUCUGGAGAACUGUUUGUUUGUUUGUUUGUUUGAUUUCAGUCUCCAGAAGUGAAUAUUGUGGGCGAAGAGAUGGGAUCGCAGCUGCAAGGAAGUAAGGAAUACAUGUCUGUGUAUUACGAGAAUAACCGAUCGGAAUUAGUUAAAGAUGCGUCUACUUGCAUUGCUGUCCCCAAAAAAACUGUGAGAUUCUCGUCGUUAGAGUGGAUUAGGCUUCUUUAUAACUAAUCGCCGAACAUUUGGGGAAACUAGAAAAGGUUGAGCGUUUUUUUGGACCAAUUGAAGGAGGGGGGAAUCAGCAGGGGAAGACAAGGGAAUUUUCCUGAGGAGCUUCAAGGCUUUCAAGGCCCCCUCCUCAUACUAGACAAGGUUGAGCGAUUUUGUAGAUUAAUGGAGAGAGGGGGUGGGGGGGGGGGAGAAAUGUGCAUGGGAAUACGAGGAGAAUUUUGUUGAGGUGUUUUCAAGGCCCCUCCUAAUUAAAUACACACCAGACAAGGUUGAGCGAUUUUGUAGUCCAAUGGAGAGAGGGGGGGGGAUCUGCAUGGGAAUACGAGGAGAUGUUGAGGCGUUUUCAAGGCCCCUCUUAAUUAAAGACAUACCAGACAAGGUUGAGCGAUUUUGUAGAGCAAUGGAGAGAGGGGGUAAGAAUUUGCAUGGUAAUACGAGGUCUAUUUUGUUGAGGAGUUUUCAAGGCCCCUUUUCAUAUGAACAUACAGCUUUGCGUUAUGUGUCCUUAUAUACAAAUUGCGGGUGCAAGAUUUCUUGUGAAAAACUGACAAUUAUUCCCGACUUCCUAGCUGUUUUCUUUUUCUCCUUCUAACUUCAUGUAUGUUGGUCCCAGUCUCUUUGCAACAGGGUGAAAGUGCGUCGGAAUGCUACUGCUUAGCUGUUAAAGAGGGUGUCAGUAAACUGAAGGUCGUGAACAUUGGAAGUCUUGCCCUCCAGUGGAGACGGUAAGUUCGUGGUUAACUCGAGGGAGUCUAAGAUAAGUGAGAUAGUUGAAGCAAUUUUCAAUUGAGUACCGAUUGUAAUACCGAACUGCAUUCAAAAUUUGGUCUUGCCUUCCUUUGCUUUGUGAUUGGAGUAGGAAAGUUGCACAACUCUCUCUCUCUGUCAACCAAUCAUGAAAUGCAAAGUUUAAACCAGUGGCAAGUUGGCCAUCCGCGUUUUCCCGCGCUUCAGGCAGUUUGCUUGAUUUUUCUUCGUGCUCUCAUCGGUCCUGAUGAACCAAUUUUAUUACUUUGGUUUUAUGGUUUUUGCCAACACUCAGUGGAUCCACUGAUGCCUUUUUAACUGAACCUUAUUUAGGGGAAUAUAUAGAAGUCCUUUCGUUUCUUGAUUUAAUCAUUUUACAUUGUUUUAAUUCUUUAGAACUUCUGCGGCUGAUAAGUUUCCAGUUGUGGUCACAGAGCUCACUUUCCCCUCUGUAACAGUAGAGAGUGUUCCUUUUGCGAUACAGGCAGGUACGUUUCCAGCAAGGUUAAUCAUACGGCAAUAUGCCAAGCUUCAAAAUCAAACUAUACUGGAAAAGGUUUAUUCGUGCUUCUCCACCUUUGUGCAGGCAAAGUUUUUUCAGAUGCGAGUUUAUGUUUCAACUACAAGUUCAGUAGUGUUCUUAGCUGCGAGGAUCUCUUAAAUUCGUUUUCACCGCAAUGCAAAUGUAUGAAUUUCAUAUAUCUAAAAUCAUUAUUCAUCACUUGGAUGGUUAAUUUGGACCCAGCAUAUUGACCAGCUCCCAGUUGGCUUGUUAACUCAGUUGGUAGAGCGCUGCACUGGUAUUGCAGAGGUCAUGGGUUCAAAUCCCGUACGGGCCUGAAAUUUUUUUCAGGUCCUAUUUUCAACUACUAUUUCAGUAGUGUUGUUAGCUGCGAGGAUCUCUUAAAUUCGUCCAAAUGUGUUAUUGUUCCGGGCCAAUUGGCAUAAACACGAUAAAGUCGAUACGGUUUUGCGAAAGCACUCUUACUGCGCGUUUACAGGGUUUCAAAUUGCUCAAGAGAUGAGGAAACCUCACACGCACUAGGAAAAGCCACUCAUAAAAAAACGUGGUUAAACUCAGUGUUAAUAAAUGUAUAGAGGGGGUACGUUUUUAAACAUAAUUUGGUGCUACGUCAGUGGGGGUAUUGAACAAUAGUCAUGUUUUAUUAACAAAGUUAAUAAAAGAAAUUGGUCCCUGUAAAGAGUUUCUUAAGCGGACCUCUCGAGCGUCAGCCCUACGUCGAUACUUCAGCUGUAGAAAUCCUUUAAGGUGGCCAAUUUACAUUAUAACUUCAGUUGAUAAAACCAAAUUAUCUUUGAAUAUAUGUAUUUGUUAAUGAAUAGAAAAGGAAAGACGGUAAAUUUAAAGCUCCGUAAUAAAGUAAAGAAAGAUAUUUUUUCUUGGUCAUACAAGCGUGGGACAAGGAAAAAGUAAAGCUUGCCAUUCGAGAGCGGAAGUCGAAAUUCUGGGGCUCUAAUCCUCAUGGAGGCACGACCUCGUUACAAGACCAAAGAAAAAAAUUUAUUUAUUGUACCAAGUAAUUUAGUGUUAACAACUGGGUUGAAAACGUAAAUUAGCCACCGUAAAGGGUAAAAGCUAGCUUUUUUACCCUUUACGUUGGCUAAUUUACGUUUUCAACCCAGUUGUUAACACUAAAUUACCUGCUAUACUCUCCCACCGACGCAGCACCACAGUUUCUUUAGAAACUUACCCCUUUAUUCAUUUGUUAUUUAUUGUACCGUUUUUUUCAGAUUUGCCUGCAUACGGCUGUGUACAGAGCCCACUUUUCGUAAGCUAUCUCGUCCGCAAUAGAACGCUUCAAGGUCAGGAAGUCGAAGUCACAGUGGAGCCAAGUAACGCCUUUAUGUAUUCAGGUCAUAAACAGGUUAGUUCAGCUUACUUGCUACACGUAAAACUUGUCUCAUGCGAGGGGGUUUGGUGAAAUAAUAUAAUUGAAGAAAUAUAUCAUUGGCUACUGCGCACUGAUUGGCUACUCAAACUCCCAAUAUCCUUUGCUAUUUAUCUACGAGAAACGCGGGCGCAAUUCGCCAGAAGCCAACGCAACUUCGGUGAAUAGUUGUUAACUAUGAAUUUCAUCUCCAGAUUCAAUUUCGUCUGCGGCCAACUGGCGAUCACAGGCUCAAGUUCAGUUUGUACCCUCUUUACGGGGGCUUUUUGACUCUUCCCAAGCUGCAUUUCAAACUGCCUCGCUUUCAAGUUAGCUGA